GACCCUUCUCUCUUCGCAGGCCUGUCCUUUCGCUGUUCCUGCCCGUAUUAAUUUGCACCAUCCACAUUGCGGCGCAUCUGUAGACCACGACGAUAAGCAUGAUGGGCUCGAAGACUUCAAUAAGUGCUUGCACGACGAGGGCCGCUCUUUUUCUUUCCGCAUGCGCCCUCCUACUUCGACCUGCAACACCCUUCGUUCGGCUAGCACCCCCAGCAGGAGCUGCUGACCCUGCCGGCGCCGCGCAUCGGCAACGUCACGUACGUCCUGUGUCUGCGCGCCCGCACCAGGCGCGGGUGCUCGUCAACAUGAUGGCGGAGGUUGACGCAGACAUCCCGGGCAUCGCGGACUCGCGCUUAGCGGGGUGGAGGGUGGGGUCGAAAGAAGCAGCUGCUACUGUAGCAGAGGACACAGCAGCAGUGGACAGCGAUGCAGACUCGGAGGGAGGCGCGGGCGAGAGCAGAGAGCCCCGGUGCGGGGAUGUGGUCGAGUACCCACUGACAGACUUGGUGAAGAACGAGUCACCCGACGGAAGGGAGAAGGGCGUGGCGGUCAUCGUCAGCAUCAACAAGCUGCGCAAUGACGCCUGGAAACUACCCGAGGAUAUUCUCGACAAAGCUGAGCUUCAGGUUCUUUGCCCCGAUCUUGACAGCGAGGAGGAGGGAGUGUGGAUGGCCGAUGAGCUAGAAACAUGUGCCUUCGCCAAGCUCGGAGAGAUGAAACUCAAGUCAUCCUUCAACGGUGCGAUGGACAAGUGGAAGCGGUGGACGAUUUCCGACGAACUCAGCGAGGGCUGUGGCGCGAGGGACGCGGAGUGGGAGUACGACAUGCUCUAGUCUAGCGCUGCUAAACGGGCAGCAGCACCACUUUGUACACCAUCGUGGGGUUGUAGGUUGUGUUUUUGGGUCGAGGGAAACCAUUCAUGUUUACCGGAGUUUUCCAGUUUUCAUGAUGUGCACGGCAGAAGGUAUUCUACGACUGCAAACAGUGGAUUAUUGUGGCUGCAGCAGGAAUGAAGGCGCCAAGCGGGUACCCGUGGGCUUAACGUCCCCGCGAGAUUGCCUAAAUCAAGGAGAAUUCGUUGACGUUGCUUCAGGAGCUUUUGGGAAGAAAGAGUUGUGUCAUACUCCACUUGCAGAACUGUUGUUUUUGUUUAUUUUUCAUGGAAGCAGAAAAUAAAUCCCCUAGACGGGACUGAGAAAAACGGUCGCGCCAGGUCAUUUGCACGAGCAGGUUGGGGGACCGCCUCUUAUCGAGAAAUCUACCCACACGUAGCGAGAUAAGUUUCUGUUGGUCGCAAUAGAAGGGAAAUUGAAGCCCCUUUUCAAAAACUCAGAACAACCCGAUGGAGCAUGCUUGCCGCCCAGCACAAAGGUAGUGUUGGGCAUCCUGCUGGCUUGCUCCUAUUGAUGCUUCAACGACAGACGGUCUACGGUGUAGCGUAAGUAGAGUAGUGAUGCCACAUUGAAGUCGUAUGAAAACAGGGUAUGGGGGGUUUGUAAGGGAACGAACAGCUUGUGUGUGACAUGCACGGGAUCAUUGAACAUGCAAUCGGUAGUGGGUGUCAGCUUAUAGCAGUACAUACGCGGUUGAAAAAUAGCUCAGUUGGACACACCAAACCUGUAGACACAUUGUCCAGAAAACUUGCCAUCACGACCUCCCCCCCCC